ACAAUUGGUCGACAGUCUGCUUAGUUACACGUUCCUCCAUUUAUUUCCAAUUUGGAUUGCUAUCUCCUCCUUUCAAUAUCUCUGGCCACACCGCGCCAUACACCAAACGGCAGAAAACGUACCGCGAAGUCUGUUCAAGAACGUUUUGGGGAAACGUACAAACCGUUCCGCAAUGUAGUUAACGUUCAAGUGAACUGAACGCACAUUGUAGUCAUUGCAUGAUUUUAACUACAUUGCCCUUCUGCCCCAGUUCAGGCUCUGCCUAAAAGAAAAUGCUGCAAAGUGUCGUAAAACAGUUUUCCAUGCAGCAGCUAGCGUACAAGGUGUAAAGGGAUGGUGCUCUAAAAACGCAAAUUUUCAAAUCGAACUUGAAAUUCAUGAAGAUUUUCCUCAGACAACUUGCAAGGCUAAAGCAUGGAGGACAUGGAAGACGACUGUUUUGUUCUAAAUGACGACUACAACCAUAACUACUGUGCGAACAGUGCCAGUGGACAAGUCCUCUAUCUCAGGAACGAACUGUCAGAUGUACCCCAGCCCCUAUCUAUCUCGCCGGGUCUAGCCACGCGAGAUGUAGCUGCGCAGGAGAACCACUCAAAGGUUUGUUCCAGUUCCAGCAGCGGUUUAAAGUUCAUGGAUUCAGACUCGAGCAGCGUGAGCAGUGACACCAGCGAGACUGACAGCCCAUCGGCGGCGUCCAUCGCAGGGAAACUGACCCUGAACUCAGCCUCAAAGUUUCUAAUGAAUGCAAUGACCGAAGAGGACUAUAGAACCACAUACUGGCCGAACCUGGAGAAAGCCAUUGACCACCUGCUAAUACAAAACCCCAUGGACCACAUCUCCAUUUCAUAUGAGCAGAUUUACAGCUGUGUGUACAAGUGUGUUUGUCAACAGCACUCUGAGCUACUGUACAAAGACUUGAUGCUGAAGAUUACUACCCAUCUUCAACAAGUCUCUUCUGAUCUUCAAAUUACUCCACCACGGAAUUUAAUUGAGAAUUUCAACAUUGCUCUGACUCGCUACACAGAUGCUCUUCAAUGCAUAGUUCCCGUAUUCAUCUACAUGAAUAAGUUCUACAUUGAAACGAAGCUAAACCGAGACCUGCGAGAAGAUCUCAUGAAGCUUUUUACCGAUCAUGUUGCAGAAAAACAUGUCGACACGUUAAUACCUCUUCUCCUCGAAGCCCAUUCCAUGCCUUUUCAAGUCAGACCUUCAACAAUGGCCAGUGUGGUCAAAGGCUUGUAUACUCUUUGGCCCGAUUGGGCACAUUUAGCUCCAGCUGUCUUCUCUGGAUUCAUUCCUCAAAUCAACCCCCCAACAGUGGAAUCCCAGCUCUCUGACUAUGCUGCUCGUGACCAGAAACUACAAAUGGAGCUAUCUCUGAAUGGUUUUCCCAGAGGUGACCAGUCUCGCAAGAGAGCCAGCGAGGAGUCUGCAUAGAAUAAGGAUGAUGCAUACAUUGCUUGCUAUUGACUUUAAAAAUAUGCUCUGACCGUCAGCGACCUGGCUCAACCCAAAUUGACAAAACACUGUGAAUGACGAAGAUUCUCUGAUGCUGAGUGAAGUGGGUGAGCGUCAGCCAAGCUUCAUUUUUGACCCACACGAGUUGUAGUGGACACUGUUUCUUUGCCUCCUCUGAAAAGCACAGUGAAUUCAUGAUGGUGCAUCAUUGUUCUUUCAGUUUAUGAUGAUAAAUUCAUCUUCUUUAUUGUUAAGAUACUACGAGGUUUAUUUCCAUUAAAGUGUGCCUUCUGCUCUGCUUUGUUGGGAUAUUCAAGUUGCCUAACAGAUGCCAUUUUAGGCUCCCGAGUGGCGCAGCGGUCUAAAGCACUGCAUCUCAGUGCUAGAGGCGUCACUACAGACCUGGUUUGAUUCCAGGCUGUGUCACAACCGGCCGCGAUUGGGAGUCCCAUAGGUCCCAUAGGGCGGCGCACAAUUGGCCCAGCGUCGUCCGGGUUAGGGCUUGGCCGGGGUAGGCCGUCAUUGUAAAUAAGAAUAUUUUCUUAACUGACUUGCCAAGUUAAAUAAAUACAAUAAAAAAAAACAGGUGGAUGGGCAUGAAUCCCAGUUUCACCACAUAUUGUAUACUGUGUCAAUCAUGGGUCGUGUUCAUUAGGGCAUGCGGCAACAAAAAAAAAAAUGGACAGAUAUAUUUUACAAUGGAAAACAAAAAGGAAUGUUUCUGAUUGGACAAAUCUGGGUAGUCCCUCCCUUUUCCAUUUUUUUCCCCCUCUUUUUGUUCCUAAUGAACAUGGCCCUGAUCUCUAACCAGGACCACCCGGAUCUCCUAUUGGUCUUAUUGAUCUGAUUGAGUAACUGACAGUCUGCUGCUAUUCCUCAAUUGUUGUUGUGUAGAACACUUGAUUCCUGUCUCUUGUUUAACUAAUAUUGUGUCCCUUUUGUAUCAGUCAGGUCAGUCUUGAUUCUCCCCAGUGAUUUUUAAGCUAAAGGGGCUUGUCUUUGUAAUCUCGGCACACAACUAAAUGUCCUGUUAGUCGACUUAACAUUUAAAAUCUCUAUCAUGGCAACUUUAAACCAAUCCACCCCCCAAGUCUUGUUUAUCUGGGAUUUACAGAAUAAAAUCUGUCUGGCUUAACAUAGUAUUUCUUUCUCAAUGGGUACAAAAAGCAGCAAAGCAUGUUCCGUUACAUUUUGAGUAAAGUUUAGGUUAAAACUGUGAAAAGGUUGUGUAGAUAAUUUUUUAAAGGAUUACAUUUAGCUUUUAUUGAGUUGUUGUCUAACCAAAUCAUAUUUGCCAAGCACGCUAAAGAUGAUUCACAAUGUUUUUAUUCCCUGUUAUUAAAAGUUGCAUUGUGACUCCAGAAAUGAUGGUGUCAGUCUCCCCAUGUUGCUGCUGUAGCUGCAUUAGCCUGUGCAUUAUAUCAAGUCACCGAGCCAAUUGAUUACAAUCAAAUUUUGAAAAUGUUGUGAAUUUGGUUACAGUGAUGUCAAAUGAUGUACAGUAGGUGGAUGUUGAAUGAUCCCGCUGUUCUCUCAAGUUGCCCAGAUGAUGAUCAAUUUGACCUUCCUUUGUUACAUGUUUAUGUUGAGUGAAAGUAUUUGAUACAGCUCUUUGCACUGUUUUAAGUGUAAUGUGAUGCUCGAGCUUGGUUGUGAUUGUUUUCCUGUGAGGAUGUUGGAGAUGACUCACUCAUUGUCUUAUGUACAGUUUUACUUUCAAUAAACAAAUCUUGAAAAUGA